AUGCCAUUAUUCAAUUCAAAGAAACCCACUCACAAUUUCCCACCGCCCGUCCGUUACAACACCAUUCACAACGAUGCAGAAGAAGAAGGACAUUCGAAUCAACAACAAGAACAAAUUAAGCGUAAAAAGACAGCAGCGGCAGCAGCAGCGGCAGCAGCACCCAGCAUGAAGGCUCACAUGAGUAACAUGUCUCGUCUCUUUCAAAGAAUUGUUGUCACUGUCAAACGAUCUACCAGAGGAUCAACACCUAGAAAGGAACCUCAGCCUGAAUUCGCCGACAUCUUUCAAACAAUGCAAUUACCCACUAUUGAAUGGACAGAUGGCAACUUGGGCAUUUCACCACACCAUCCAACAGUUACAGCAGCAUCACAGCAGCAAAUGCCAAACAUAUUGCAAGAAAAGUUAAAAUUACUAUCUCAACAAUCACAACUACAGCGGCAAGCCCAUUUACAAUCGCCACAAUUACAAUUAUCACCACUACCACAGCAGCAGCAACCCAUAUUACUAUCUCCACAAGAGAAUGAUGAAGAUUCUGUAUUCUGUAUAAACACCACCGAGUAUUUGGAUUUUCCUGUGCCACCUUCACUACCGACCACACAUCAUGUCAUGCGUAGCCGCCAGGAGUCUUUAAAUACAUCAACACCCCCUACAAGAUUGAAUUCCCUGAUCAUCGCUGAAGAAGAGGAAGACUCGGAUGAUGAGUCUAUGCCAAGUACACCUUUCAAUGAUUCUAUUUGUUAUGAUGAGUCUAGCAAUACCAACAACAACAAAACUGAACAGCUUGCUCUAAUCAACACUCCCUCCCCUUUAUCACCUUUAUUACUACGAUAA